GAAAACGCUCAUACUGCGCUUGCGCGACGAUCUCUCUCUCUCUCUCUCUCUCUCUCUCUCUCUCUGUUGUGUGAAAAGGAGGAAGAGAAGGGGAAAUCCACUUGUCAGUCGACUCGGGAUAGGUGAUGGUAGUAGAAUGCGAAAUGCGAAACGGACAGACCGUGGUACGAAACUCUACCCGCAGUGGCAAUGGACUACAAGGUGCAUAUCGAUGCCGGAAAGGAGGAUUGCUAUUUCCAAUUUGUAAAUCCAGGCGCAACUUUCUACGUCAGCUUCCAGGUACUACGUGGUGGAGAUGGAAAGGCCGGAUUUGCAGUGAGAAAUCCGGAAGGCGUGAUCGUUCAUCCGUAUCAAUGGAGAACAGACGUGGAUUAUCAGGAUCAGUCAGUUACCGGAGGUUAUUAUAGUGUUUGCAUCGACAAUCAGUUUUCCAGAUUUGCCCCGAAAUUGGUGAAUUUGUAUAUCACAGUUAUCAGGUACGAUCAAUGGGAAAAAUAUACCAAGGAAUUAGAGGAGCUAAAUUUGUCGGUUGAAAAUUUCACUAGUACGUUAAGAGGCGUGGAGAAAAACAUCAAUGACAUAUUGCAAACGCAACAUUUGAGCCGUAGCCGAGAAGCAAGAGAUUUAAAUUUGCUUCUGGACAAUAAUUUUUACGUUCAAACGUGGUCCAUCGCGCAAAUAAUUGUUAUUACGGUGACUACUAUGAUACAGGUUUACUUUGUUAAAAGAUUAUUUCAAGUUAGACCAUCGAGAUAUUCGAAGGCGAGUCUCUGAUUAAUUUUAAUAAGAAUACAAUGGGAAGACAAUGGCGAACUCUAUGGCGAUAGUAUGACCUUAUCGGGGUAUAUUAAAUCUUAUUUUUUUUUUUUUUCGUUUAUAAAACACAUUUUAUACAAACCAUUGUAUCUUUCUAUUCGAUUACGAGGCGCGUAAUUUUUAAUGCUGAAAUUUAAUUCUCAAAUUUUCUAUAUUUUUGAUAAAAUUUGAAAUAUUUCAAUUCAACAAUAUUUACAUAAAACACGUUACCAAGACACUAUAAGUUAUUUUUCUCGCAAUACUCUUCUCGUACGACUGAUGCAAUUGAAUUAAGACUGUAUACAAUUAUCUUGAUAGAAGAAACAUUCCACCAAUCGUAAGAUCCGUUUGAACAUCCUUUCACUGUAUAUCGAUGAUAACAAGGAGAGGUGAUAUAUAGAUUUAUUAAACGGUCUUCAUGUUUAAAUUACAUUGAAAUUUAUGUACAUAAUUGUACGAAUAAUAAAUGCAGACAUACUUUUGUUACGAUA